AUGGAUCCCCUAAGUAUCAGCGCCAGCGUGGCAGGUCUUCUCCUAUUUAUCAAAGAUGUGAAGCUGUUGUCAAGUAAAAUGUACAAUGCUGUAAAGGGCAAGCCACGGAUUUUAAAGGGCAUUACGCAAGAUCUAGAAGCUCUCGAAGCUAUUCUUGAGGUCCUCAGGGACAGAUACGAGGGGAGUAGACAGGAUGAAGACGCGCUACACAAGGUCCUCGCUAGCUGCAAACGAUCCGUCGCUGACAUCAAUGCCCACUUGGCUAGUCUACAGCAGAUGUUCUCUCGGAGGCCGGUUUCGCGACUGUUGUUGUACAGGAAGUUUGAGGCCGAAACUAAAGCCAUUGAAACCCUUCAACAGGAACUUGUUACUUUUAAGGUUACUCUGAGUCUUGCUCUCCAUGUCAAGACGCUGCAAUUGAUACCCGAAAUGCCACCGGGCCCCGAAAUCAAAGAGGCACAGAAGGCACAAUUCGCCCCGAAUAUAUCCAACCCUCAAGUAUCUCUCCCCGAAUACCGUCAGACAUAUUCUAGUUCUGCUUAUACCGCUGUUGCAUCGCAAAACCAGCAAGAUGCUAGUAUAGAAGCGACUGAUCCUACCCAUGUUCAUAGUCAACUUGAACAAGAUGAACGAAAUGUCCGAUCAUUUGGGAGCUUUGACGAUUGGCUGGCUUCGUUUUCGCCGGCGCAAGCAUCCACUGCACCAGAGAUGAUUGCUCACCCGUCUUCGCAACCGUCCAGUACGGUGAGAUCCUUAUCCAAGCACUCGAGGUUUCGUGUCACCAUAAAAAACUUAACAGCGUACAACCAAAGCGCCGAUACCAACUGCUCUGUCGAGGAGAGUCUCGAGUUCGAGCUCAGCCCCACCGAUACGUUGCAGCAGGUCAUUCAGCUGCUAGAGGAGAAAGGCAAUAAGUCAAUCUGUGGUUUCCGUGUAGCCGACCAAAUGUUCGCGCCCGUCGCAGUAGAUCCCCUGCCGUUCCCAUUGUACGUAACUGACAGACCGUCAUCAUUCGAACCUGGCUUCUUGCAAAUUAACGAAAGCCUGGCCCUGGAGCAAUUUUAUGACACGGCUAUACGGUCAGACCACCGGAUCGAAUCGUUACAAAUAUCCAAGAAUGCGACGACACUUACGGCUUACGAUGCGUACGCGGGCAAUUCGAUCAACAUCUCGGUGAAUAGGACUUUGAGAGUGCCUGAGGAUGGCACUAAAUAUAACCCUCCUGUCCAUUUUGGUCCAUUCCCGUUGUUUAAUGUCGAUGCACUACAAAGCAAGUUACCAAUGGAGAUGAAACAAAAGUCUGGGCUUCUUAUAUCAACGUUUCAGAGGGAGGCAAUCUCCCUGGUUUUCGAAAGUGGGCGCCCGAGAAUUACUAAAAGAUACUACCGCGACCAGCCACAAUGGUUCUUUCCUGAGUCUUCCUUUCCUGAGUCUUCCUUUGCGGUGAAAGUACUAGCAGGAUCUGUAAAUUCGAUUACUGGAAGUAUACCGGAGCAUCAGGCUUCCCCGGCAACACAAGAUUAUGUGGUGGUGCCUCCACAGAAGAGACUGGACGGCUUCUUCACCAACAGCGGUAUUGGCAUCGCUCGCCAAUUUGUCGGAAUGCCUGUCUUUAAAGGCUACACAGCUGAGGCUCAGUUGAGAGGAGGCUUAGAAUAUUGUGGUGGCAUCCAGCUGAUCAUUGCUCCUCGUUUCGCUGGACGAGGAGAAUUUCGACGGUCUCAUUUUGGCCAUCUAUUAGAUGCUGCAUCGCAGGAGUUAUCUCCCAAAGACUUGAAACUCCGACCCGGAGAGUACCUAUUUGUUUCUGGUCCGGAGCUUUUAGAACGCUUCCAAAAGGUCUUCCCAGCGGGCUUGCCAGAACCUCUUGUACAUGAGGCAGCCUGGAAUAGUUAUCUUCCUCGCAUGCCAAUGCGCCGAACUACUCGAGUUAGCAACAUUUCAAAUCGACCGACUCUGGUUCAUGAGUUGAUUGCCGCCGCCGAGUUCCAGCAUGCCGACCAGACAUUGGAGUUAGAGUCGAUCUUCCCCAUGACACUUAAUGUUCGAACCAGCCACAGCCAGGAUUUUUAUUCUUCGGAGACAAAAUAUGGACGACGAUUUGGUUAUUUCUACUCUCCAGCAUGGCAUUACGAUGUCUAUCCGGAGACUCGUAGCUGGCGGGUCAAUCCCUUUAUGAGUCUUCAUCAACUCUUCUGCCCAGUUAGUGACUCGUUUCACGUUGAAAGAGUUGCAUUGUUUGUCGGCAGUCGCGAGCUUGAGCCUGCGCCUGACGUACCCCUGCACCAUAUGCUUGAAGACGGCGCUAUUAUAACCUACCAAGCCUUUUCCUCGAUAAGGGAGCUUUCCAUGUGUAAAGGGUCGCAUGGAAGGGAGCGUCAAGACGAGCCUACCAUGUCUUCUUGGGAAAAUGGAUUAGCUCUCGGCGGCAAAGUCUUCCAAGACGUCUGCGUUGAUUCACAACCCGAAUGGUGGAAUUGGGGAAGAUCCCGGGUCGUCAACGUCCAGGUUCUUAAUGCGGUUUCCUUCAAGUCCUUUACCGGCCUUGACGCCCCACGGCCUCCAAUGUCGUUCAUAGACUACAAGAAAGCAAGGCUACCAUUUCAUCAUUUUCUUUCACAUACAUCAGUGGCUGGGAGCGAAAUUCUUGCAAGGUUACAAAGUACUGGGUCAAUAGACCUUCGCUCCGGGAACUUGCGUCGAGAGACCACUUUUGAUGGCCAGACACUUAUCGAGUGCUUUUUCUGCGAGGUCAGCCUUGCUGAUACAAUCAUCCGGCCUUGCAACCAUGUGUUCUGCAAGACUUGCAUCACAGAGAAGAUGACUCAUGGAACGAAUAUUGUUGUCUGUAGCGCCUGUAUGAAGAAGUCUUCACAUCUCAUCACCUUCUCCGGCCCGAUGGAGGCGCCAAGAGAGCAACAAACUAUACAAUAUGAUGGUUCUUUGCAAGGCGGUGAGGCUCACCGUGAGAUGAACAACUCUACCCAGGGUGAGAAUCAGGACAAGAAUUAUAUGGCUCACAUUGGUGCUUAUUCUGCUUGA